GGAAUUGCCAGGGAGCGACGAAACAUACACUGCACACGGGAAACAUACGCAAACCACCACUGCAAGAAGAAGAGAAGAAGAGAAGAGACAAGCGAGAGGAUGAUGAUGGCUGGUGUGACCCGUGUUGCUGGCCGGCGGUGGCUUUCUGCCGCUGCUGCCGCAACAGCCACGGCUGCUGAGACCCGCGUCACCACGCUCAACAACGGCUUCCGUGUCGUCACAGAGCAGACGCCGCACCAGACGGCCACGAUUGGCGUGCAUGUGGAUGCUGGCAGCCGCUUCGAGACGGCCCAGAACAACGGUACUGCCCACUUCCUUGAGCACAUGGCCUUCAAGGGCACCAACAAGCGCACCCAGCAGGAGAUUGACUCUCAGGCUGAGCAGCGUGGCAUGCGCCUCGAUGCAUACACAUCCAGAGAAUCCACCGUUUACAUGGCGCGGUGCUUCUCCGACGACACGGACUUUGCCGUGGACCUGCUCGGUGAUAUCCUCACCAACGCCAAGUACGACGCAGGAAAGGUUGAGGCUGAGCGUGGCGUGAUUCUGCGCGAGAACCAGGAGGUCAACUCCAUCCCCGAGGAGGUGGUCAUGGACUAUCUCCACGCCACCGCCUUCCAGAACUCCCCACUCGGCUACACCAUCCUCGGCCCCGAGGAGAACAUCAAGUCCAUCUCGCGCGAGGACCUGAUCAAGUACGUGGAGACGUACUACACGGGCCCGCGCAUGGUGCUGGUUGGCACGGGCGGCGUCGACCACGACCAGCUCGUUGCUGCCGCUGAGAAGGCGUUUGGCGGCCUCUCUGCCGACGACAAGGCCCCCGCCGUCACCACAUCCGACUUCCACGGCUCCGAGCUGCGCUUCCGCGAUGACAGCGAGCAGACGGCCAAGUUUGCGAUUGCCGUUGAGGGCGUCAGCUGGAGCGACCCCGACUUCUACUCCAUGCUCGUCGGCUCAUCCCUUGUUGGCAGCUGGGACCGCAACUUUGGCGGCUCGGCCAACCUGUCGUCCCCGCUUGCCCGCCUCGCUGCGGAGCACUCGCUGGCCCACAACUACAUGUCGUUCCAGACGUCGUACACGGACACGGGCCUGUGGGGCUGCUACGCGGUCACGGACUACGACAAGAUUGAGGACUUUGCCUACGCCCUCACCCAGGAGUGGCUGCGCCUGGCCAACGGCGCGACGGAUGCCGAGGUUGAGCGCGUGAAGCGCCAGCUCAAGUCCCAGCUCAUCUUCUCCGUCGACAGUGCACAGGCGGCCAACGAUGAGAUUGGACGGCAGAUUCUGACCCUGGGCCGCCGCGUCCCUGCUGCCGAGAUCAACGCCCUCCUCGACUCUGUGAGCUCGUCGACUGUGCGGUCUGCGAUGGACAAGUACGUGUACGACCGCUGCCCGGCCGUCGCCGCCAUUGGACCCGUCGAGCAGCUCCCAGACUACAACCGCCUCCGCAGCAACCUCGUCUGGCUCCGCACUUGAGCAUACGCCAACACACUUCAUCCAACCAACC